GUUAGUAAAAGCUUGCACUCCAGCGCAGCGUUCAGUUAGGCACAGACACUCAGUCUCUCCUCGGGUCUCUUUUGGAACAUUUGGUGGAGCCAAAAAAAAUAAGCAGCCAUGGAUGCCAUCAAGAAGAAGAUGCAGAUGCUCAAGCUCGACAAGGAGAAUGCCUUGGACAGAGCUGAGCAAGCUGAGGGAGACAAGAAGGCAGCAGAGGACAAGAGCAAACAGUUAGAGGAUGAAAUAAAUGAGUUGGAAAAGAGAUUGCGGAUCACCCAAGAUGAAAGAGAUAAAGUGCUUGAUGAGUUCCAAGGCGCCGAGGAAAAGUUGCUGAGCGCGGAGGAGGUGGCCGCCAAGCUUGAGGAUGACUUGGUAGCUCUGCAGAAGAAACUGAAGGGAACAGAGGAUGAGCUGGACAAGUACUCAGAGUCUCUUAAGGAUGCCCAGGAGAAACUUGAGCUGGCUGAGAAGAAAGCCACCGACGCUGAGGCCGAUGUCGCUUCCCUGAACAGACGUAUCCAGCUGGUUGAGGAGGAGUUGGACCGUGCUCAGGAGCGCCUGGCAACCGCCCUGACCAAGCUCGAGGAGGCUGAGAAGGCUGCUGAUGAGUCCGAGAGAGGCAUGAAGGUUAUUGAGAACAGGGCCUCAAAGGAUGAGGAGAAGUUGGAGCUGCAGGAGAUCCAGCUGAAGGAGGCCAAGCACAUCGCUGAGGAGGCUGACCGCAAAUAUGAGGAGGUUGCCCGUAAGCUCGUCAUCAUUGAGAGUGAUCUGGAGCGCACAGAGGAGCGUGCUGAGCUUUCAGAAGGCAAAUGCUCUGAACUUGAGGAAGAGUUGAAAACUGUGACCAACAACCUGAAGUCACUGGAGGCCCAGGCUGAGAAGUACUCACAGAAGGAGGAUAAGUACGAGGAGGAGAUCAAGGUCCUCACUGACAAGCUGAAGGAGGCUGAAACUCGUGCUGAGUUCGCUGAGAGAUCAGUAGCCAAGCUUGAGAAGACCAUUGAUGACUUGGAAGAGAAACUGGCGCAUGCUAAAGAAGAGAACCUUGAUAUGCACCAGAUGCUGGACCAGACCCUAAUGGAACUAAAUAACAUGUGAAAGCCUGGUUGACCCACUAUAGUUUUGACUUUUAGUAUUUGCACCUAGCUUGCCAUGAACCUUACUUGAUUCCAUAUCCAUGGUCAGGAACAAAUAAUCCAGUGCUUUUCUUUUUGCGCCAUCCUGCUUUCAAAAGAACUCAACAAGGGAGCAAAACUAAAGGAAAGUUAAACCAUUUCCUUAUUGAAACCUUGCCCGCUCACUUAUGGUGUUAGCAUUUAGUAAUUUUUUGUUUUUGACAAGUUAUCAGGUGAAAUUGUGCCAUUUGCUACGAAGGUUGUUUUAUCUGCAUUUGCUAGAUUAAAGGUAAUUACUCUGGUACAUACUCAUUUCACCCUGGUUAUGCGCAUAACAUACAUUCUCAUCAAAACCGUGAAGAAAUGUUGCACUUCAUUAAACCUCAGUGUAUGCACAUUUUCAGUAGUGUAGAAAACCCAUCUGUUAUUCCUUUUCAAAGUUUUCCCAGAAGUGUAAGUGUAUAUUGGAUAAGCCUGUCCACAUGUAUAUUGGUGCUACUGUGUUGUCAAGCAGUUUGGGGAAACUUUUAGAACCUUUUUAGACCUUUUUUGGCCACUUAAUCCUAGCCUGGCUAGAAAGGGAUUUACUUAAACUCCCAACAUAUUUAUUUUUCUUUUGAACCAGAAAUUCAUUACAAAAUUUAAGGUGUAAUUGUCUUGCAAAAACCAUUCCGGUUCUUAGUUAAUUUUUUCCUAUUGUUUAAAUCAGUUUUUGAAAAUAUUUCAUAUCGAAAUGAUUUCAGUCAGUGUUUGUGCUAUUGUUUUACUGAUUGUAGAUGUUUUAAAUGUAUAUCAUAUCUAGAAUGUAUAGAAUAAUUACUGAAUAAAACCACACAGUUUG